AUGUCUCUUUUUCUUUCCCAAGCCAAAUCUGUGCAGGAGAAGCUGGCAGAAGCCAUGUUUAAGGAGUCUCAGUACAGCUCUGAGCCAGAACUCAGCGAUACCAGUACUGAGGAGGAGGAGGAGUCCACAGAUAAAGGUCAUGAACAGAACAAUAAUGAUAUAGUUGCAAAGAGACCAGGAACAUCUACAGAGCAGCAACAAACUUUUAUAAAAGAGACAAAACCUGAGGAAAGUGUUGGUGAAUGUGAAGUGGUUUGGGAUCAGGAAGAGGUGUCUGAGCUAAAAGAAAAGGAGGAUGGAAGUGAAAAUGGGCCUAAUGAGAAGAGUGAUAGUACUGAACAUGAGACAAUCGUAGAUGAACACAGUGGAAAGGCUGCAUCAGAAGAAGCAGCAGCAGAAAAUGAUAAAGCAGAGGACACAAGUAGAGCUCUGCAUCCUGUGUGUGAAGACAACAUGACAAAAGAAAACAUAACUUCAGAACCUGAAGAACAUGUAGCAGCUAAAUCCACUGAUGCCAGUACUACAGCAGAAGCUGAAGAAAAUAAUAAAACUGCAGAGGAGGCUGACACAGAGAUGGAGCAAGGGGCAAAAAGCAGCACGAAGGAUGAAUCAUCAGUAUCAGAGCCAAAUAAAAACACUGAUGAGACAGCAGUGGCAGAUAAUGCAGAUGUGGAGGCGGCAAUGACAGAGAGUGAGACAGUGAAGAUGAAAGCAGAGCCCUCAGAGGAGCAAGAGGCCCUCGGCUGUGAAGAGGCACCUGUAAGUGACACAGAGGAGAAGCAGCAGGGAGACAGUGACGACAGUGCUGCAGCAUCAGAGACAGAGGUCACAGCAGAGAAAUCCAGCAGCUCACUGGAUGGAACUGGAGAUACUGUGGUGGAAAAAACAGACACAAGUGUGGAUAAUGCAAGGGAUGAGAGCAGUACAGAUGAUACUAAAGAGGAGGAAGCAGAAGAAGUGUCAGUAGUAGAGGAGAGUAAGAAUAAUGGUGAAAAGGAGAUGCAUUAUGUGGGAGAAGAGCAGACAGAGAAAUGUGUGGAAAUAGAUGAUGAUGCAGAGAAGGAGAAGAUAAUGAAGGAAAGUAAUGAUGAGGGAAAGCAAACCAAUCCAGAUGAAAUACCAGAAGCUGAAAAUAGUGAGGAAAGAGAAAAGGAUGGAACAGCUACAAAAGAAGAACAGGCAGGAGAAAAGGUAGAAAAUGAGGAAAUUAGGGAGGGUACAAAAAAUUAUUCAGACACAGAAGAAGGAAAUGCAAACGGAGAGCCAACUGGGAAAACCCUCGACAAGAAAGAUGAAGAUGCAAAUGAAGAGAGAGUUGAUCAAUUAGAAAAGCCAGAAAAAGACGAGGAUAUUAAUGAAGGACAAUCUGGAGCAGAAGGAACUAAAACUGAUCAAAUGAAUGAGGGUGAAGAAACUGAUGAAACAAAGACUGCUGCUGCUGCUGAAGAGCAGAGUGAUGAGGCAGCAAUGGCAGAGAAUGAUGAGAAUGGGGACCAAGCUGAGCAAAAUGAAUCUGUGGAAAAUAAAUAUGAUGUAGAGGAAAAAGUCCUAACAGAUAAGACUGGAGAAGAAGAAGAGAUAUCUGAGAUUCCUGAAGAGCAUGAGAAAACUGCGAAUGAUGGGAAAAUAUCUUGUGAGAAUACAGUUGAGUCAGGAUUCCUGAAGAUUGAGCCAAAAGACGCUGGUGACAGUGAGGAAGCAGAUGGGACUAAAAUAACUGAAAACACACUGAACAACACACCUGAGUCUGAAGAUGUUGAGAAAGAAACGGAAGGAGCAAAAAAGAGUGAAAACGGAGAUGUAGAUGUUGAAAAUGGGGAGAUUUCUAGCAGAGCAGGCAACAACACUCAUGAGAAUGAGGCAGAGGCUGCAGAUGAAAGUGACUUAAAAACAAAAUCACAUAUUGAAGAUGAACAAAAAACUGAGGAGCCUACUAAAGAUGAGGGCCCAGCAGGUGUGGAGUCUGUAGACAAUGCUGAAAAACAGGAAGAUGACAAGGUGGACCAGGCUCUUGACACAGAUAUGGUGGAAAGUGAGGCAAAGGAAGAAGGAAAGCAAGACAAAUCUGCUCAAAUACAGCAGGAGGCAGCUGGUACAGAGCUAAAAGAGGAAUCUAAAUCAGAGGGAGAGGACAAUGAGGAAACUAAACAAGAUGGAAAAUCUGAGCUUGAUGAUGAAAACAGAGAUUCAGAUUCAACUAAAAAUAAUGAGAACAUCCAGAAUAAUGAAGACACUGUUGUUGGUGACCUCUCUGCUGCCAGCAGAGAAAAUGGGGCAGACACAGAGGAGGUGACCAAAACCUUGAAGGAAGAAACAAGUGUGCAGCACAAACCUCAAGCACAAAACCAUGAAGCUGAUGAGACAGAAGACGGUGUUGCAGCAGCUGAAGCAUCUCCAGAGGCCUUAGCAAGAGAGGACAGCACAGAUCUGGUCACAAACUGGGUAACCAUGCAUCAAGCAUCAAAGUUAUUUGAGAAGUUUGUUGAACCUCCAGAAGACUUGAGGGAAGAGAACUUGGAUGCCCAGGUGUCCAGCUCUACUGAAGAAGUGAUGCUGAGCUCAGAGAGCCCACAGAUUAUAUCUAAUGAAGAAAAGGAACAAAUGCUAAAAGAUGAAAAUGCUUCUGGGGAAGAAACCAAAGUGGAAACUUUAGAGUCAGAUGAAGGAACAUCCCAAGAGAAGGAGGUGAAAGACUUAACAACAGAGGCUGAAGAAAAUGAUAAAGAGUCUACAAAUGGACAUGAAACAACAUCAGAAGAGCACAAAGGCAGCAGGGGACCUCUUGAGGAAGACAGUGCUCCAGAUGGACCAGCAGAGACACAGAAUGAUAUUUCCAAAACUGAAGUGGAAAGCAUUGCAGGCACUCACCAUUCAGCAGCCAGUGGCAAGCCGGAGAGUGUCACUGAGAACCUGCCAGAAGAGGAAACUCAUGACAGUGGUCCAGACAUGGAUGAAGAACAAACAGAAGAGCACCCCGAGCAUUUAGUGAGUCCAGACGAACUGAAAGAAACUGAGGAAAUGCAGGCGAAAACAGAUCAACAAAGUCGAGAAGCUACUGAAAUAACUGACUUUACAAUGUCCAAGUCUGAAGAUGGAAGCCAGGAGGGGUCCCACACUGGAGGGAUCCAAUCCAAACCGCCUGAGGGAGACGGAUCAAUAGACCUGCAGCUGAUCAAACACACUCUCACUGAAACGUUGUUUGGUCACACUAAAGUACAGUGAUGCUUUAUUUUUGUGUGUUUUAAAGGAAGAUAUUCUGAUAGUGAUUCAA